CCGCUUUCUCCUCGUCGUCGUCGUGUCUCCUAUAGUGAUUUCGCUUUUCGUCGUCGUCGUCGUCGUCGUCGUCGUCGUCGUCGUCGUCGUCGUCGUCGUCGUCGUCGUCGUCAUCGUCGUCGUGGUGGACGAUGGUGAUGAAAAUCUCCGCUGUCGAAGCUGGCGUCGCUCUGUUGGGCGCCGUCGGUUCACGUUGCGUCGUAAAGCAGGCGACGGUGAAGCGAUGCGUCGCGGCGCUCCUUCUCGUCUCCAUCGCGAGCAUCUUUUAUUACACGCACUACGUCAUCAGCAGUCCUCUCUCCAGUUUGAUACAUCGAGAUACCAGACCCGAACCCUCGAUAAGAUGUUCCACAUUGAAGGGUGCGACGAGACUGCCUUCGGCGCCGGAUCACAGGAGCGAAGCACGAUUGAGGAUAGAUCCAAAGGUGUUGGUCUUCGUCGAAACUUUAUAUUCCAGGCUGGGACGAGAGAUAGCCGAGCUACUCGUUUAUAACCGAAUAAAGUACAAAGUAGAGGUGGCCGGAAAGUCUCUGCCGGUAUUGACGAAUCUCGACAAGGGUCGUUACGGUGUUCUAAUAUUCGAGAACCUUAACAAGUACCUGCAAAUGGACAAGUGGAAUCGAGAACUAUUGGACAAGUAUUGCAGAGAAUACUCAGUUGGAAUCGUUGGUUUUGCUCCUCCUGGUGAGGAGAGUCUCGUUGGUGCCCAACUAAAGGGUUUUCCUCUGUUCAUACAUACGAAUCUUCGGCUGAAGGACGCCCAGUUGAACGCGGCAUCUCCUAUUCUACGAUUAACCAGAUCCGGAGAAACAGCCUGGGGACCACUUCCUGGCGGUGACUGGACCAUUUUUCAGGCCAAUCACAGUACGUACGAGCCGUUGGCCUGGGCACACAGGGACAGCCUCGACUAUCCGACUAACAGAAGCCCUCUGGCCACUGUCAUUCAGGAUCAUGGGAGAUACGACGGCAUACAAAGGGUUCUAUUCGGCGGUGGUCUGCGAUUUUGGUUGCACAAAUUGUUGCUCCUCGAUUCGCUCUCGUAUCUCUCUCACGGUCAGCUUAGUCUAAGCUUGAAUCGUAUGAUACUCGUCGACGUCGACGACAUAUUCGUCGGUGAGAAAAGUACGAGACUUAAGAGGGACGACGUUAUGGCUUUGCUCGCGACCCAACAAAGGAUACAAGCUCUCGUUCCGGGGUUCAAAUUCAACUUGGGGUUUUCCGGGAAGUAUUUUCAUCACGGGACAGCCGAGGAAAACUUGGGGGACGAUAUGCUCCUGGAGAACGUCGACAGAUUUACGUGGUUUUCCCACAUGUGGAACCACCAACAACCCCAUCUUUACGAGAAUGUGACCCAUCUACAAUUGGACAUGGCACUGAACAAACAAUUCGCAAAGGACCACGGUAUACCAACGGUAAGCGGCUACAGCGUAAGUCCACAUCACUCAGGCGUUUAUCCGGUCCACGAAGGCCUUUACGAGGCAUGGAAAAGAGUUUGGAACAUCAAGGUCACUAGUACGGAAGAAUACCCGCAUCUAAGACCGGCCCGUUUGAGACGUGGCUUCAUUCAUCGUAACAUCAUGGUACUACCAAGGCAGACGUGCGGCCUUUUCACUCACACCAUCUUUAUAGAGAGGUACCCAGGCGGAAGGGAUAAGUUGGACGAAUCGAUACAGGGCGGCGAACUCUUUCAAACGAUCGUUUAUAAUCCUAUAAAUAUUUUUAUGACGCACAUGUCCAAUUACGGCAACGAUCGUUUGGCCUUGUAUACGUUCGAAUCGGUCAUCAAGUUCAUACAAUGUUGGACGAAUUUGAGAUUAUCGAGUUCUCCGCCCCUCAAACUCGGCGAACAUUAUUUUCAACUUUAUCCCGAGGAGGCUGAUCCAGUAUGGGGUAAUCCGUGCGACGAUCAAAGACAUCAAAAGAUUUGGUCGAGGAAUAAAACGUGCGAUCAAUUGCCAAGGUUCUUAGUCAUAGGCCCGCAAAAAACUGGCACAACGGCGCUCUACACAUUUCUGUCCAUCCAUCCGGCCAUAAGCAGUAAUUUGCCGAGCCCAGACACGUUCGAGGAAAUACAAUUUUUCAAUGGAAAAAAUUAUUACAAGGGUUUAGAUUGGUAUAUGAGCUUCUUUCCGGCAUCGAAAAACGAGAGUUCGAGAUAUCUUUUCGAAAAGUCAGCAACCUAUUUCGACGGCGAAUUGGUUCCAAGAAGAGCUCAUGCUUUAUUACCAAGAGCUAAACUCAUUACUAUAUUACUCUCCCCAGCUAGAAGAGCUUACUCGUGGUAUCAACACACCAGAGUACAUGGUGAUCCAGUAGCGAAUAAUUAUUCCUUUCAUUCGGUCAUUACGGCCAGCGAUACAGCCCCAAAACCAUUAAGAGAUCUUCGGAAUAGAUGCCUCAAUCCCGGCAAGUAUGCGCAACAUUUGGAAAGAUGGUUAUCGUUUUAUCCACCACAGCAAUUGCAUAUCAUCGAUGGUGAACAAUUGCGACAAAAUCCAGUUGAAACGUUGCACGAAUUGCAAAGGUUUCUCAAAAUCACUCCGGCAUUUAAUUAUUCGUCGCAUCUUAGGUACGAUCCUAAAAAGGGAUUCUUUUGUCAAGUUACCAACGAGGAUCGUACGAAGUGUCUUGGGAAGAGCAAAGGACGUCAGUAUCCACCUAUGGAGGAUAAAUCCUAUAAAUUCUUGCAAAGGUAUUACUUGUCACACAACACCGCCCUUGUAAAAUUAUUAAAACGACUUGGAUCCAGAACGAUUCCGCAAUGGCUUAAGGAAGAUCUUACCGACACGGUGAUGACCUAGCAAACGCCGAUCACUUGAAACACAGCUAUUUCUCGAUUUCAAGCCUGGAUUCUUGCUUCCGCUGUACACGAGAUACGUCGUUUAUUGGUGGAAGACUUGUAAAUUAUUUGUACAUGUAAAUAUUUCGCUGGACUAUAUAUCCUAAUCGGGGAGAAGGACCAUGACCAGUGGAGUGGCCUAAAUCGGUGAAAGCCUGGAAAGCUAGUCACUAAGCGAUUAUACGGUUACGUUAACCGUAACUGUCGAUCGUUGUUAAGCUAAUAGUACUAUUAUUAACGUUAUAUUGUAAUAAUAUAAUUAUUAUUAUCGUUGUUGCGUCAUUAAAAGUCAGGAAGGCCAGACUCGGCCAACUCUAAAACCCGCAGACAUAAUCUGCGUUGAUUUCAUUGUUAUCAGGAUAACAAUAUCUUGAUAAUUCUUACUUCGUUUGGAUCAGAAAGAAAAUCUUAUAUCGAACUAUCGACGUUCAGUCAACACCGAUUAUCUUUGGCCUUUAAAAGGAGCAUACUUUUUUCAAAGAAUGCCUCUAUAUUUUUCUAUCGUCGCUUCAUUUCUCGCGCAAGAUUUUUGAAUGAACGCGUUCGCUCUUCAGUGAAAUGUUUUUUGAGGGAAGAACAAAAAAAAAAAAAAGAAAGGAAGAAAAGAG